AUGUACAGAGUUGCCUGCCUGUUGUUUGUUGCCCUCUUCGGAGUGGCUUACACCGUGCUCUCCCAAUAUGAUCCGGAGGAAUAUUGGGUAGAACAAAAUUCGUCGUAUCCUCUUCCCAGUAAUGCUGUAGUUGGCGGAGUUAAUUUAUUUGGGGUUAAAUUCUAUGUCGGGAUGGCAAAUAUCAACGGAACAUAUGAACUCUGCAGGGUCAAUGCGAUAACCAGUCUUUGCAGCGGCAUCACGGAAACAGGUCCAUUCACGGCAGAGCUCUUCCAAGUUCUGAUUGGCGUGGGCGAAUGGAUUCGCGGCUCCAAUUGCACUUCCGGUUACUUAGCAGUUUCAGCGGAAUCUUCCGACUUCAACGAAACGUUGCCAAUCUGUCGCGCUUCGUUGAGUGGCGUCGUGUACAUUCAACAGGCCAGACACAUAUACUUUUAA